AUGGAUAUAUUCCGGAAAGCAAAAUCAAUCAGGAUGGUGAGCUACCGAGACAAAUACCUAACCGCGGAGGAAGACGAGGAGAGCGUGAUCCAAGACGAAGAGCAGCGACCGCAAUCGGUGUGGACAGUGGAAUUGGUGGAAGAUCGAGACGCGAUUCGGCUGCGGAGUUGUUUCGGCAAGUAUUUGACGGCGUCAACCAUUCCGCUUCUCCCGGGGGUGACGGCGAAGAAGGUGGUGCAGACGUCGUCCCCGUCGCCGGCGACCGAGUGGGAGCCCCUGCGGGACGGGAUGCAGGUGAAGCUCCGGUCGUGCUGCGGCAACUUCCUGCGCCCUAACGGCGGCCUGCCGCCCUGGAGAAACAUCGUCACGCACGACAUCCCGCACCUCCCCAAUUCCGGCAACAAGCUCCUGUGGGAUGUCCAGAUCGUCGAUAAACGGGCGCCAAUCCGAUCCCCGCCGUCGAAGCUCAGCAAGUUUGGGAGAUGCAGAUCGGGAUCGUUCUCUGAGACCAUGGAUGCGAUCAUGCCGUCUCACGAAUAUAUUUGA